GGCGCUGACUCGAACACAAGAAUGCGUGUUACGCAAGCAUGCAAUGAAUGUCGCAAGCGCAAGGAUCGCUGCGAUGGAGCACGACCGUCCUGCUCUCGAUGUGUUAGCUGUGAUCGCCCAUGCCGUUACAAUCAAUCCAACAAGAAAAGGGGCCUUCGAGGUGGAUAU